CUCCAGCGACCGUCAGCAGCAUCAACUAGUCCACCCGGAGCCGAACCGGUCCAGAUCCUCCAGCUCUCCUCCUCCUCUCCAUCCUCUCCUCCUCCUCCAGCUCUCCAUCCUCCCGGGUGGAUGGAAGCAGCAGCAGCAGCUCUCCUCCUCAGAGUGAACUAGAGGUGUGAUAGAAGUGAGAACUUGCUUGUUUCACUGAGCAGCAGCAGAAGAAGUGAUUGAAGUGAUUGCAGAUCUUCAGUGAUCUUCAGUGAUUAUGGCGACAAUAGGAGACUUCGACCCGCUGAACUCCACCGUCCCUGCGACCAAGAUAGAGAUCACCGUGUCCUGCAGAAACCUGUUGGACAUGGACACCUUCUCCAAGUCCGAUCCAGUGGUGGUGUUGUACGUGCAAGGCCUGGGGACCAAGGAGUGGAGAGAGUUUGGUCGGACAGAAGUGAUCGAUAACACACUGAACCCCGACUUUGUGAGGAAGUUUGUCCUGGAUUUCUUCUUUGAAGAGAAGCAGAACCUUCGCUUUGAUGUGUACAACGUGGAUACCAGGAGCUCCAACCUUUCCAAACAUAAGGACUUCCUGGGUCAGAUGUUCUGUACGUUGGGGGAGAUCCUCGGUUCGACUGGCAGCCGGCUGGAGAGGACGCUCUCUGGGAUUCCUGGUAAGAAGUGUGGAUCCAUCAUCUUCUCAGCUGAGGAGCUCAGUAACUGCCGGGACAUCGCCACCAUGCAGCUCUGUGCCAACAAGCUGGAUAAAAAGGAUUUCUUUGGCAAGUCGGACCCGUUCCUCGUCUUCUACCGGAGCAACGAGGACGGGACGUUCACCAUCUGCCACAAGACCGAGGUGAUCAAGAACAACCUGAACCCCGUCUGGCAGCCGUUCACCAUCCCUGUCCGAGCCCUCUGUAACGGAGACUAUGACAGGACGGUCAAAGUGGACGUCUACGACUGGGACAGAGACGGGAGUCACGACUUCAUCGGAGAGUUCACCACCAGCUACAGAGAACUGUCCAGAGGCCAAAGCCAGUUCAAUGUUUAUGAGGUGUUGAAUCCUAAAAAGAAAGGCAAGAAGAAGAAAUACGUCAACUCAGGCACGGUCACUCUGCUGUCCUUCAAAGUGGAGUCAGAAUGCACGUUUGUCGACUUCAUCAGAGGAGGGACACAACUCAAUUUCACCGUGGCCAUCGACUUCACAGCGUCCAACGGUAACCCGUCCCAGCCCACCUCGCUGCACUACAUGAGUCCGUACCAGAUGAAUGCGUACGCGAUGGCUCUGAAGGCCGUGGGGGAGAUCAUCCAGGACUACGACAGUGAUAAACUCUUCCCAGCGUACGGCUUCGGAGCAAAACUUCCCCCCGACGGCAAGAUCUCCCACGCCUUCCCUCUGAACUCCAACACAGAAAACCCAAACUGUGUGGGCAUCGAGGGCGUUCUGGAGGCUUACUUCCAGAGCCUGAGAAGUGUUCAGCUGUACGGACCGACCAACUUCGCUCCCGUCAUCAACCAGGUGGCUCGGUGAG